AUGUAUCGGGUUGUUGCCUUCUGGGCGAUGAUGGUGGGAGCCCACACCAUGAGUUUGCGGAUCCGGAGGGAUUGCAGCCACUGGCCCAGCUGCUGCCCCAGCAGGGGACAAGUAUUCCCUGAGGAGCAGCUGAACUGGGAAACUGUGUCUGUGCCUCCCCCAGAACUGCGGAGCCGCACCCAUCCCCUAGAAUCCUGCAGGGCCAGCAAGGACGGCCCCCUUCACCGCAGGUCCAUCUCUCCCUGGAGCUAUGAGCUGGACAGGGACUUGAACCGGGUCCCCCAGGAUCUGUACCACGCUCGAUGCCUGUGCCCACACUGCGUCAGCCUACAGACAGGCUCCCACAUGGACCCACUGGGCAACUCAGUACCGCUGUACCACAACCAGACGGUCUUCUAUCGGCGGCCGUGCCAUGGCCAGCAUGGUUCCCGUCAUGGCUACUGCUUGGAGAGCAGGCUCUACCAAGUCUCCUUGGCUUGUGUGUGCGUGCGGCCCCGUGUCAUGGCCUAG